AAUGAAUUCAACCAUCAGAUAACCACUAUCACAACAUAACUCAAUUGAUAAGAGAGAAAAUCGACCUGAAACUAAGUAGGAUACAAAACCAUUCUCAUUCAUAAAACCAAGUGUAUCAAAUUAUCAAUCAUUAACAUCAUCAAAUUCUUAAUUACCUCCAUAAUCUCCAAUAACAAUUCCACAAUAGAUUUCUAAAUAAUCAAAGCCUAAUUGUUCAAUUUAAGAUUUGGAAACUUUUAUAAAGGAAAUAGACAGAUUACAAUUAGAAAAUUAAAAAUUAAAAGAAAAAAAUUAAGAACCUUAAGUAAUAGUCCAACAAGAUCCAAAAUUAGCACUUGAAAAUUAGGAACUCAAAGUAUAUAUAUUUUUAAUAUAUAUUAUAGGAUUAAUUGGAUUUCCAUAAACAUAAAUGUGAAUUGUAAGAAAAGAGUCACAAUGACGCAGUGAGAUAAAUUGAUUUAAGUUGGAAAUAAGAUAUAGCUAAUUUGAAAUACUAGAUGGAAUAAUAAGAAUCAAAACAUAGAUAAGCUUUGAGAUAAGAAUAACUAUAGGCAAAACAAGAAAUUGCUAGACUUUAAUAAAAUUUAUCAUAACUUUCUAGUUCAGAUAAUAAGAAUUAAAGUCUUGUUUAAGCAUUGGUAAAUAUUAUAAUUUUAUUUUAGGAAACUCAAUUAAUAAAUCUUAAGAAAAAUAAUAAUAUUUUAGAAGAGAAGUUAUCAUAUGCAAUCUAAUAAUUUGAUUCAUAAUCAAAAGAUUAAGAGUUUACUUUAUUAAAAUAAUAAGCUGUAAUUGGUUCUUAGGAAUAACAUGUUAAUGAAUUGAAGAAUAAAUUGACUCAAUAAAGAGAAUAGAAUUAAGAAAUUUGUUAAUAACUAAAUAAAUAUAAAGAUGUAGCUGAAUCUAAGAGUGCAAGUGAAUCUAUUUUAUAAAACAAAUUGAAAUUAAUUGAAUGUGAUUUUGAACACUUGUCUUAAACAUAUAAUGAACACAAGAAUUCAUUAUAAUAAAAGAUAAAUGAAUUGACUACUAUGUAUGGAAAAUCUUAGGAGUAGAUUUGUCUUUUAUAAUAAUAAUAAACUAAAGAGCAGAAUUAAAUUAAAAAAUUAUAAACUUCUUUAGAAAAUUAGGAGAAAAAUCAUUAAAAUGAAAUAAAUGAUCUUCAUAAAUAAAAAUAAAUGUUGAUUUAAUUUUUAGAAUAAGAAUUAUUAGGUUAUAAAGAAUAAAAUUAAUAAUUGAAAUUAAUGAAUUAAAAAUUAGAAACUUAAUAUAAAGAGAAUCAAUAAUCAUAUUAAUAAAACUUUAGAGAAUUAGAAUGUAAAACUAAUAUGUUAGGAGAUGAAUGUACUAGACUUAAUAAUAUCAUUAAAUAAAAAGAUGAGUAAGUCUUUAGAUUGUAAGUUUAAUUAAAAGAUUUAAUGAAUCUUAAUGGAAAAAAUUAAAAUCAAGAAUAAAUCUUAGAGACUUUAUAAAUUAAAGAAGGAGAAAUUAAUAUUCUAAAAUAAUAGAAUGAUAGUUUGAUAAGUGAUUUAUCAAGGUAAGCUGAAAAUUAUAGAAAUCUAGUAUAAUAACAUAAAUAAUUGUAGAAAUACUCUGAAGAAGUAAAGAUCAAUAAUAUAACUAUUAAUGAAUUUUAGAGUAAAUGUGAAUUAUAAGAUAAGGAAAUAGAAAGAUUACGUUAGAAAGUAUUAGAGAAAUCUUCAUUAUUAGAAAAAGUAUAGAAGGAAAACUUGGAAUAUUAAGCUAAGCUUAAAUCUAAGUUAAGAUGAUAUGAUUACUUUUAUUUUAUUACAAAAUAAUUAUAUAUUAUUACAUAUCUAAAUAUAGAAGUCUUAUUAGAAAGGAUAUCCAAAUAUCUAUAUAUAUAAAUGAAGAUAACGAACUAAAAAUAACAAAUUAAAUUCAAAAAAAAGUAAAAUUUAAAAUGCUAAUUGAAUAAGGAGAACCUAAGAUUAUAGUGGCAGUUCGUAAGAGGCCAUUAAAUAAAAAGGAGAUGAAUAAGGGCGAUAUCGAUAUUGUCGAUGUUUACAAUUAAUAAAGUCAAGUUGUUGUAAAAGAAUAAAGGUAUUAAUUAUUUGAUGGAUCAUUAUAGAACAAAAGUUGAUUUGACUAAAUAUAUAGAGGAGCAUUAAUUUAAUUUUGAUGCUGCUUUUGAUGAAAAUACAACAAAUGAGCAAUUAUAUUUAUAAAUAGUGAGACCAAUUGUUGAAGCAGCAUUUAAUAAGGCAAAAGUAACAUGUUUUGCAUAUGGAUAAACAGGAUCUGGUAAAACAUAUACAAUGCUUGGUGAUUAUUCAGAAAGAGUACCUGGUUUAUAUUUAUUGGCAGCUUAUGACAUUUUUUGUUUAUUAAACAAUGAAUGUAAUGGUCAUCUAUAAAUAUCUAUAUCAUUUUAUGAAAUCUAUUGUGGGAAACUCUUUGAUUUAUUAAAUGAACGAACACUUUUACAUGCAAGAGAAGAUGCAAAAGGAAAUGUUAAUGUAGUAGGAUUAUAAGAAAGGAAAGUACAAUCUGUAGAAUAACUAAUGAAAGUGAUAGAAUAAGGUAGUGCAUCAAGAAUUACAGCAUCAAAUUCAUCAAAUAAUGAUUCAUCAAGAUCUCAUGCAAUAUUAUAGAUAACUUUAAAAGAUGGUAAUAAAUGUCAUGGAAAAUUAUCUUUCAUUGAUUUAGCUGGUAGUGAAAGAGGUGCAGAUGUAAGUGACACUAAUAAAUAGACUAGAUUUGAUGGUGCUGAAAUUAAUAAAUCAUUAUUAGCAUUAAAAGAAUGUAUUAGAGCAUUAGAUUUAAAUAAAAACCAUACUCCUUUUAGAGGAUCUAAAUUAACUUUAGUAUUAAAAGAUUCUUUUGUUGGUAAUUGUAAGACUGUUAUGAUUGGUAAUUUCUCACCUUCUAAUUCAUCAUCUGAACAUACAUUAAAUACAUUAAGAUAUGCAGAUAGAGUGAAAGAAUUAAAAAAACCUAAUGAUAAAGAUUUAAAAGAUUAAGUUACAUCUUUAGAUAAAUUAGCUAGAGAAUUAAUGUUACCAAGAUAAUAAUAACCUGUUAAAAAAUAAACAUAAGUUUAAUAAUAAUUUAAUCCUUUUAAGAAUAAUCCAUUAUAAAAUUAUUAGAAUUAAAAUCUAUUUUAACAAUAAUAAUAACCUUAAUUUUUAAAUUUAUAAAAUUCUAUUCCUGGAAUGAUGAUUCCAUAAUAAUAAUAAUAAUAAUAAUAAUAAUAAUAAUAAUAAUAAUAAUAUUCAUAUCAAAAUUAUAUUUAACCUCCUCCUCCAUAACCUUAACCCAUGAUUCCCUUAUAAUAAUAAUAAUAACCAUAAUUCAAAAUUAAUGAAACUAAAAAUAAACAUUCCUUCUAAAAACCAACUCCAUAAUUAAAUGAACCUCGUCCCUAUGUUAAUGAGAAUGUUUUUCCAGGACCAGGACCUAUUGAACGUAAAUCAAGUAUUAAUACUUUAUAUAUUUUAAGAAAUAAAUUAAUCAAUGGAAGAAGAUUUAAUGAAAAUUGGAUAGAAACAUGAAUAAUUAAUUAGUGUAAUUUUAGAAGAAGAAGAAAACUUGAUUUCUAAUCAUAGAUCUCAUAUAGAUUCAAUGGUUGAAUUAGUUAAAUAAGUAAUUUUAUUUAUUUAAGAUUAUUUUAGGAAAUGAUGUUAUUACAUAAUAUUGAUAAACCAGGAUCUGAUGUAGAUGAGUAUGUGAAAGGAUUAGAUUAGAUAUUAUUGACAAAAAUGGAAGAAAUUUAAACGUAUAUUAAUUUUAAUAUAUAUAUAUAUAGAUUACAAUUCUAAUUAUAGACUUUUAGAUCACAUUUAUCAGAAGAGGAAACUCUUUAGAAAUAAUUUUAUUAAUAAAGAUAACAAAUAACUCAAUAAGAACCUGAAGGCUCUGAUAUUUUUAAAUGA